UGGUGUGUGAGAGAAUCACCAGCUUGUGGUGGUAGUGUUCAGGUUUUAGACAUCUGCCAUCUGAUUUAGAUCGAGUCCCUCCUGUGUUGGGUGUGUGUGUGUGUGUGUGUGUGUUGGGUAUCUGCUUUAUUUCUUCCAGUGCUGAUGUGCGGCUGAACAACCCGGAGCGAUGGCGCGCGGCGCGUUCUGGAGCGCGCUCUGUCUCUUCCUCGUGUCCCGCGCUGGACUUUCCUUCGGCACCGGUUUCAUGUACCCGUUCCCAGGACUCACACUGCAGCACGUGAGCUCAGAACAAAGCGUCGCCGGACCUCCGGCUGCAGGCAUCAGCUCUCAGCGCAGGAACUGGUGCCAGUACACGAUAUCGAAGACGGUUACGUGCCAGGUGCACAACGGCUCGGAGACGACGGUGCAGAGGGUGUUCCAAGGCUGCCGAUGGCCAGGACACUGCUCUAAAGUCAUCAGUUACAGGACUCUGAUUAGGCCUGCGUAUAAGGUGGCCUAUCGACAGGUGACUGCGCUCGAAUGGAGGUGCUGUCCCGGAUUCCUGGGAAGUGACUGCAGUGUAGAAUGUAUGAACUGUACGGGUUACACUGAUCUGAACAACCGCCUGAACAACCUCGAGAGUAAGAUCAAGUUGUUACGGGAGGCUGGACCUCGUCCUCCAUCCAUCAAUACUCUGCCGGAGAGAUCAACAGACAACGAGGUAGAAACUCCAGAGCCCACUCCUAGGGGACCCCCACCUUUUUGGCAACCAGGGACAAGAGGUCCUCCAGGGCCAGUAGGACCACCAGGUUCAUCAGGACCUCCUGGACCUAAAGGAGAGACGGGUGCCCCUGGCCGACUUGGACCCCCGGGUCCAAAGGGGGAAAGAGGCAUUCCAGGUGAAAUCGGUCUUCCAGGCCCUCCAGGUCCUCCAGGACAACCUGGCCUUCCCAACUCGAUUCCUCUACGGGGGGAUGUAUUUCAGGGUUUCAGUCCAGAUGAAACAGGUCGUAUAGGACCUCCAGGCCUGCCCGGCCCCCCAGGUCCUGCUGGAGCUCCUGGCAUUCCAGGUUUACCUGGGCAAGAUGCACAGAGGGGUUUUCCUGGCAUACCCGGUGAACCGGGACUUAAAGGAGACAGAGGUGAAAGGGGACCUCCAGGAUUAAUUGGAGAGCAAGGCUUGGCUGGUCCGAUGGGUGUCAAGGGGCAGAAAGGCGACCCAGGAGAAAGCCCUAAUGAGGGUGAAGGAGUUCAGCAGCUGAGGGAAGCGCUGAAGAUCCUGGCUGAGCGAGUGCUUAUUCUGGAGCACAUGAUUGGCAUUCACGAGAACCCAGCAGAGGCUGGCUCCGGACUAGACGGCCUGUCAGAUGCUCUCAGUCUCCCGUCCAUGAAGUUCAAACGGGCCGAAUCAGUGCGCCUUCGCUCCUCUUCUUCUUCUUCUCUCUACUCCAGCCAGCAAAAGAGGAGGAGUGUUUGACAUUUCCCCCUGUGAUUUCUGUGUAUCUGUCAUUCAAUGCUGUUAAUAAUGAACUUAAUCUCGUGAACUUCUCAUGAACUUUCCAUCAUUUAUAGGGAAAUUGUUUUCGCUGUACAGUCUUCACAAGGCAAAGUAUGAAUCAUAUUUU